ACAGCUCCCAGAGGCCCGCGCGCGCCGUCUGCAGUUUGACCGCUUUCUCUUGGCGGGUGGGCAGCAGCUAUGGAGGGCGAGCCUCCGCUUGUAGAGGAGCGGCGGCGGCUGCAGGAGGAGCUGAACGAGUUCGUGGAGAGCUGCUGCCGGACGCUGGAGGAGGUGACGGCGUCCCUGGGCUGGGACCUAGAUAGUCUGGAUCCCGGGGAAGAGGAGGCGGCGGAGGAUGAAGUUGUGAUAUGUCCAUAUGAUUCCAAUCAUCACAUGCCUAAAUCAUCUUUAGCAAAGCAUAUGGCAUCUUGUAGAUUGAGGAAAAUGGGCUAUACCAAAGAAGAAGAGGAUGAAAUGUGUAAUCCUGAGUUUUUCUAUGAAAAUGUGAAGAUACCUUCGAUUACUUUGACUAAGGACUCACAAUUCCAGAUAAUUAAACAAGCUAGAACUGCAGUUGGGAAAGACAGUGAUUGUUAUAAUCAAAGGAUUUAUUCUUCAUUGCCUGUUGAAGUUCCUCUGAAUCACAGACGGUUUGUUUGUGAUCUAACUCAAGCUGAUCGUCUUGCCCUCUAUGAUUUCGUAGUUGAGGAGACAAAGAAAAAGCGCUCUGAUUCUCAAAUUGUUGAAAAUGACAGCGAUCUCUUUGUAGACUUGGCUGCCAAAAUCAACCAAGAUAAUAGUCGAAAAAGUCCAAAAUCCUACCUUGAAAUCCUGGCAGAAGUAAGAGAUUAUAAAAGAAGACGCCAGUCCUAUAGAGCCAAGAAUGUCCACAUAACCAAGAAAUCAUAUACUGAGGUGAUUCGAGAUGUGAUAAAUGUGCACAUGGAAGAACUCAGCAAUCAUUGGCGAGAAGAGCAAGAGAAGGCAGAGGAUGAUACUGAAAAGAAUGAAGAAAGGCGAUCAGCUUCGGUAGAUUCACGGCAGUCUGGUGGAAGCUAUUUGGAUGCUGAGUGUUCACGACAUAGAAGGGAUAGGAGUAGAAGCCCACAUAAAAGAAAAAGAAAUAAAGAUAAGGAUAAAAACUGUGAGUCGAGAAGAAGGAAAGAGAGGGAUGGGGAAAGACACCAUAGUCAUAAAAGAAGAAAGCAAAAAAUAUAAAUGAAGUACUUGUACCUAUAUUAAUUAUGCUUAUGCCAUGAUAACCAAUAUACAGAUAUAUUAAUUGGAAUUCCUUUGCAUAGGAGAAUGUUUUUAUGAUCUGUUUAGUGCUUAUUAUUUUCCAAUAAAUAUGCUUCAAACCAUGA